AUGCCCAAGGUCAUAGAGGUUCCCAAGUCGGAUGUUGACUUCAAGGACAAGCAACUGGAAGCACAAGACAAUCCAAACUUUACGCUCGAGAUCCAGAAGGAGCUAGGUCAUGGAGACAAUUCCGACAUCUAUCAAGUCGUCACCCCCGGGCUUCCCUCCGCUCCAAGUGCUUUGAAAGUCAUCUCCAAAACCUCCUCCAAGAACACUCCCUCCCCGAUCAAGGUCACCGGCAUCAGGGAACAAGUCAAGCAAUGGAAAGCAUUGAGUCACCCUCAUGUUCUGGAUCUCAAGGCGGCGUUCGAGAAAGAAUCUGAGAUUUUCCUUAUGACUGAGUUGUGUGAAUAUGGCUCCGUCAAAGCAUUUACCGAUAAAUCGAACAACUUAUCCCAUGAACCGGUGGCGCGAAUCCUCUUUCUGCAACUCCUUUCGGCGGUCCACUACUUGCAUUCCCAGCAAAUUUACCAUCACGAUCUGUUCCCCCAAAACGCGCUCCUCGCGGCUAGCCCAGACAAGAAGCAGAUCCUUCUCAAGCUGGCUAAUUUCGGUCGGGCUGAGAGGGCCAUCGCAGUCGAUGAAAGCUCUUCCUCAGACGAAGAGAGUACCUCGCAUCUCAUUCAAGUUGAUCUUAGACAACUUCCUAUGAUCCUCCACUGCCUUGUUGGAGACAAAGAGCAUGUCUGGCCAGUCGGAAGCACCCGCUCUCGUCCCUUAUCGGGCUUGCUCGACAGACUCCAGAAACAACUCAAAUCUCGCAUAUCAUUGAUGCAGAUCCCCGACUAUAUCAACCAAGAAUGGUUCCGCUCUUCCGCCCCUUUCCCCGACGGUCUCCCAGUCGCGGCUCUCACCAAAAAUAUUGACUUUAGCAAUAUCGACGAGCAAAUUUCUGACGCCAACAGAACCAAUCUUCUCACCCACCUCGGGCUCAUUGAUCUUGUCAAAAAAUGA